AUGUCCUCCAACACUAUGCGCGCGGUCGUGUUCAAAGGCCCAUUCAACGUGGCUCUUGAGGAACGGCCUAUUCCUAAAAUCGAAGAGCCCACAGAUAUCGUUGUGAAGGUGAUAUAUACAGCACUGUGUGGAAGUGAUCUACAUGUCUUCCGUGGCAUCGAGGUGGCUGAGCCGGGCUUUAUCAUGGGCCAUGAAUUGACGGGUACUGUUGUGGAAGUUGGCAGCGCAGUCAAGACAGUUCAGAAGGGCGAUAAGGUUGUCAGUGCCUUCACAACAUCUUGCGGCGAAUGCUUCUACUGCAAAGAGGGCUUGUCAUCGAGGUGCGCAAAGAACACCUUGUUUGGCUGCGAGGUGCUCAACGGUGGCCAGGCUGAAUAUGUUCGGAUUCCGUUAGCCGACGGCACAGUGGUCAAGGUCCCGGAAGGAGUCCAAGAGCAGCUCCUGGUUCUCAUGGGUGAUAUAUUCCCAACCGGUUACUUUGCCGCCAAGAAUGCCUUCAAAGAAUACUCCCCGGAGAAGAUUUCCCAGCAGACUGCGGUUGUUAUCGGUUGCGGACCUGUUGGUCUCUGUGCAGUGAUAAAUGCCUUGGAAUAUAAGCCUAAGCAUGUCCUUGCCGUCGAUUCUGUACCGUCGCGACUGGAGCAGGCAAAAGCUCUUGGUGCUGAACCGUGGAACUUCAUGACUGACCGCCAGGGACUCGAAGAGCGUGUGAAGGAACUCACCGAUGGCCGAGGUGCCGAUGUUGUCAUCGAGGUGGUGGGAUUGAGCCCUGCAUUAAGAACAGCCUUUGAACUUGUCAGACCUUUCGGGACAAUUAGCAGUGUUGGUGUCCACAACGGCGAGAUCCCCUGGACCGGACAGGACGCCUAUAACAAGAACUUGAAGACGCAAAUGGGAAGAUGCCCUGUGCGAUCUGUCUUCCCGGAAGCUCUAGCGGUCCUUAAGAAAAACCAGGACAAACUUGCAUUCAUGACACAGAAUAUUAUGCCACUUUCCAAAGCCGUGGAGGCGUACGACCUUUUCAACUCGAUGAAGGUCCAGAAAAUCAUCUUCGAGGCCGAAAAAUAA